GAAUGAAUAGAUUAAAUGACGUGACAGUGUCACAUAUUUCCGUGAGACUGGGUUGGAAUUUGUAUACCAUCACUUAAAAACGUGUAUAUUUAAAAACUUUCUCGUUAAGUUAUUCUAACUUCAGGCCUACUCCCCCAUCACAACUAUUCCUGAUGUUUUGAAUCCAGCCUCUUAGAAGUGUCCAUCUCCUGCCCUCCAUAGGUUGUAUGUACUCCCAGAGCAUCUGUGUAUGUUGCUCCCAGCGCCGCAGUACGCUCUGCUUCACUAUGUGGAGGGGUUACUUGAAUGUGGUUGUACAUUCUGCACACACCUGUGGUUAUGGUCAUGCUUCUACUGCCUUAUUCCUUGCUGUGUCUCUGACCAUGGUGCUGGAAGGUUUAUAUAGAGUUGUACACGUCUUAACUAUUUAAUUCGGAAAACACAGUUCAAUUACAUAUUUCCUAAAUGGGUUGAUUAGGGUUAAUUUGAAUGAGUUACAUGUUCACUACAUAUGGUGUGCAUAUGGGGUGAUGUCAUGUUGUCCUAAUACAAAGUCCUUUAAAGAAAAAAGUAGACUGCACAACUGAACUGAACAAUGGAUUAUUUGGUGUUCCAAGAGUUGUGAGUUAUAGCCCCUCUCAAUGUGCUUUACACCCUGAUGACUCAAGAGGUCGCUAUGCACCUGCAAUAAAGCAGUCCGGCAAGAUAAUAUAAGAGUUAGCCGUUCCACCCACGACCUCGUGACGAGGGCAUGCAGGACAAAGCAGAGUUUCGUUGAAAAGCGGUAGGAUAUCAAAGGCCGAUGGUCUUUCUUUAUAUUUUAUCAAUUCAAUUACCUUAGGGCUUUGUUAGAAAACCUGAACCUAUCGACUAUAUUGUCUAUUAUUCGAAUAAAGAGGAUGGAACAUUGCGGGAUGGGUCUUCGUUUAUUUUUAUUUUCCUUAUUUGUGCUGCAUUACGUUCAUGGCGACCUGAGCUAUUCGGUUCAAGAGGAAAUGAAACGCGGAUCUGUUAUCGGGAAUAUCGCCAAGGACCUCGGACUUACAUUGGACAUAUUAUCUACUAGGAAGGCCCGUAGUGAAACAGAGGAAAACGAACGGAGGUAUUGUGAUGUCAAUCUAAAAAGCGGUGAGCUCAUUGUUUCAGAGAGAAUCGACAGAGAGGAACAAUGCGGAGAAAAGCCGUCGUGUGUUCUUAAAUUCGAGCUGCUUUUGGAAUCUCCAUUAGAAUUACACCGUGUAUCACUACAGAUACAAGACAUAAACGACAAUGCGCCAACGUUCCCUACGGAUAUUAUCAAGCUGGAAAUCAGAGAAUCUGCAGGCAAAGGUGCUCGAUAUAGAGUGGAUGCUGCUCAUGAUGAAGAUAUAGGCCAAAACGGUGUUCAGAGUUACACUCUGCAAAGGAAUGACAAUUUUGUUUUAAAUUUACAAACUACUAGUGCUGGCAGUAAAUAUGGAGAAUUGAUUCUCGAUAAGGAAUUAGACAGAGAGGAGCAGCAAGAUAUUAAAUUAUUCCUCACGGCUCUGGAUGGAGGUUCUCCUCAGAGAUCAGGCACAGUGGUCAUACACGUCACAGUGUUGGACGCUAAUGAUAACGCCCCAGUGUUUAGUCAGGCCGUGUAUGAAGCCAGUCUGCCUGAAAACGCUGCGUUAAAAACCCUUGUGAUGACCGUAAGCGCAACAGACGAGGACGAGGGCGUUAAUGGUGACGUCACAUACGGACUGAGCCGGGUAUCUGAUAAAACACGUAAAUUGUUUACACUUGAUCGACUGACUGGGGAGAUAUUUGUCGCCGGUGACAUAGACUUUGAGGAGGGAUCAAAAUAUGAAAUAUUUGUGCAGGCAAAAGAUGGAUAUGGUCUUUCUUCUGAUACUAAAGUGAUAAUAAGUAUAACUGAUGUUAAUGACAAUACCCCAGUUAUAUCGCUGAAGUCAUCGACCAAUCCCGUACCUGAGAACGUGUCACCUGGUACGGAGGUGGGCCUUAUUAACGUGCAGGAUAGAGAUUCUGAGAAAAACCGAAAGGUUAGGUGUUCUCUUCAGCAACAUGUUCCUUUUAAACUUAUUCCUUCAAUUAAAAACUAUUAUUCGUUGGUAACAACAGAGAAACUAGACAGGGAACUAGUGUCUGAAUACAACAUUACAAUAUCCGCCACCGAUGAGGGCUCUCCUCCUCUGACGUCAGUCAAAGUGGUUCACAUCUCAAUAGCUGACGUCAACGACAACCCACCUGUGUUUGAGGAACAGACGUAUAGCAGCUAUGUCCCUGAGAAAAACAAACCGGGCCACAGCCUGUGUUCUGUUAAGGCCCAUGACCCAGACUGGAGACAAAACGGUACAGUGAUCUAUUCUCUUUUACCUGGUGAAGUCAACGGUGCUCCAGUCUCCUCUUAUCUAUCUGUUAACGGGGAUACCGGAUUGGUCCAAAGUGUCAGGUCAUUUGAUUAUGAACAGUUUCGGAGCUUUAAAGUGCAUGUAAUGGCACGAGACAACGGUUCUCCUCCACUCAGCAGCAACGUGACUGUGAGUGUCUUCAUAACGGAUUUAAAUGACAACACUCCUCAGAUACUUUACCCCGCCCCAGAGGGAAACUCCUUCAUGACUGAACUGGUACCCAAAGCCGCACAAGGAGGCUCUCUGGUUUCCAAGGUGAUAGCAGUUGAUGGGGACUCUGGACAGAACGCCUGGCUGUCCUAUCAGAUCAUUAAGUCCACUGAUCCAGGACUUUUCAAAAUCGAUCUGCACAGUGGGGAGAUCAGGACCCAGCGAGACAUUUCUGAUUCUGACAACAUGAAACAGAACAUUGUAGUCGCUGUGAAGGAUAACGGACAGCCCUCCCUCUCUGCUACAUGUUCCAUGUUUUUACUGAUUUCUGAUAACUUGGCUGAAGUACCAGAACUGAAGGACAUGGCUUAUGAAGACAGCAGUUCUAAAUUAACAUCUUAUCUGAUCAUCGCGCUGGUAUCCGUCUCCACCUUUUUCCUGACUUUCAUUAUUAUCAUUCUGGGAUUGAGGUUUUGUCGGAGGAGAAAGCCCAGACUGUUAUUUGAUGGAGCGGUUGCUAUUCCCAGCUCUUAUCUCCCUCCAAACUACGCAGAUGUGGACGGCACUGGAACUUUACGCAGCACAUAUAAUUAUGAUGCAUAUUUAACCACUGGAUCUAGAACAAGUGACUUUAAAUUUCUCACGUCUUACAAUGACAACACACUGCCUGCAGACCAGACCCUGAGGAAAAAUCCAACAGACUUUGGAGAAGUGUUUGGAGACCUUGAUGUUUCCCCUGAGGUAAGACAGUUUCACUGUACCAACUUUUAAAGCCUUACCUGUGUUUAGACCACACGCUCUCACCAGCACCACCUGAUGACUUAUUUGAUUUGUUUUCUCAAAUGGAAUCGAUUUUUUUUCUAGUACAAUAGCUGUAUCUCUGCUUUUUUCCUGCUCUGUCUUUUUUGUAAUACCUUGUUUCCUGGAAAUUAUACGAUUUGUGAUGUUUUUAUUUUUAUUUUUAUAUGAGGGAAAUCAAUGUUCAUGUUUUAUUGAUGACCAGAAGUCCACAUGGUUAAUGCAUGAUUGCAUUAAAGGUGUUGUAAUAGGUGCCAAAAUGAUUCAUGAAUCUGGAAGCUCCAUUGCUUAUAUUGACAUGGACUGUCUGUCUCCGCUGGAGCAGGUCACUGCAUAAUCAUAAACCUGCCUGUAGAUGAGCUGCAACCAACUGAAUAAUGCAGUCAUGAUGUGGAGAAUGUCAUGCUUUGCAGCAACAUCCAUUUAAAUGAUGUACCAGCUUUGUGUGUGUGUAUGUGUGUGUGUGUGUGUGUUUGUGUGCACGUGUGUGCGCAUGUUAAACGCACAACUGUGACCUACUUAAUCAGCCUUUGUAAUGGUGCUGUUUUGAUGUGGUAGUGGACCCUACUGAGGAUCUGAAUGUCCUUCACCUGGAUUAUGAAUAAAUAUGAGAGAUUA